CAAACAGAUCAUUGAUCAAUCAGUCCGGUUGCACACCUACUUGCAUUCAUUUAUUUUUAUAUUUUUAAUUUCACACGCAUACUUGUCUAUUCGUUUUGGUUUUCAGCAAUUAGGUAUGUUCAAAUUUAAUUAUUAUGCUCUUUCUACAUUCAAAAGAUUGCUUUCCGGUGAUUUAAUAAGUAAAAGUUUGAAAACAUUUCCCACAAUUCAAUCUACAACAAAAACUAACCUGCGAGCGAGUUUACGCUUUUUUAGAACUUAUCCGACAAAAACAAACAAUGAGACAAGAUCAUUGACAAAACUUCUUCAAAAAGCAGCAGCAGGGCGUUUUGCAUCAACAGACGUUCGCCAGCCCGCCAAAACUUUGUUCCCAGUAAAAGAUUCAGUUUUGAUUAAACGUUUACUUACGUUAGCAAAACCAGAAAGAGCAAGGCUAUGUGUUGCAUUGACCUUAUUGCUCAUCUCGAGUUGCGUUACUCUGGUGGUUCCCUUUGGGAUUGGCAGGGUGAUUGACAUCAUUUACACGACAUCUCAGGAGGAGGUUGUUGACAAGCUGUCCAAGUUUUGUGGAGGCCUUCUGUUCAUAUUUGUGAUAGGAGCAAUUGCCAAUUUUGGUAGAAUUGUAAUAAUGCAAACAUCAGGAAACAGAAUAAUCAAAAGAUUGCAACAGACAUUAUUUGGUUCAUUGAUGAAACAAGAUAUAUCAUUUUUUGAUAAAAACAAAACAGGAGAGUUAAUGAACAGACUAUCAGUGGACACAGCUUUGGUUGGCAACACAUUAACAAUGAAUAUAUCAGACGGUCUGAGAUCAGUUCUUCAGGCCUUUGGUGGUGUUUCAUGGAUGGUAUACACCUGUCCCCAGCUGGCUGCCAUCUCCAUGUGCAUCGUCCCUCCACUUGCCAUCCUCUCCAGAUUGUAUGGAAGGUUUGUGAAGAACAUAACGACGAGCGUCCAGGAGGCUCAAGCGUCUGCUGCCGAGAUAGCGGAAGAAAGAAUAUCAAACAUCAGAACGGUGCAGGCUUUUGUUCAAGAGCAGAAGGAAAGAAUGCUUUACAAUGAAAAACUCAAUAAUGUUUUGGCUCUUUCAUUCAGGGAAGCCAUCGCAAAAGGAGUAUUCUGGGCUUCGACGGGUUUUUCAGGCAAUCUGACCGUUUUGUUGUUGUUUUAUUUUGGUGGAAAAAUGGUUAGCACCGGAACGAUCACAGUUGGUGAGCUGUCAUCGUUUUUAGUGUACGCUGCCUUCGUUGGAGUUUCUAUUGGAGGAAUCAGUUCCUUCUAUGCAGAAUCCAUGAAAGGAGUGGGAUCGAGUACAAGGAUAUUUGAAUUGAUUGAUAGAAAACCCACCAUACCAGAUAAAGGUGAAAUCAUACCCUCCAAGCAACUUAAGGGUAACGUGAAAUUUGACAACAUUCAAUUCUCGUAUCCCCUUCGUCCUGGAGCUGGUAUCCUGCACAAUUUGAACUUGUAUCUUCCCUCUGGUUCCGUGACUGCCAUCGUUGGUCCCAGUGGAUCGGGCAAAUCAACGCUGGCCUCUCUUUUGUUGAGAUUUUAUGACCCCGUUAGCGGGUCAGUGGUCUUGGAUGACAUGGACAUUAAAACUCUCAACACUCACUGGCUUAGAAAGAACAUGUCUAUUGUCAGCCAGGAUCCAAUACUGUUUUCAACUUCGAUAGCCAACAACAUAUGUUAUGGGGCAUCUGAUGCAGACAAUGUCUCAUCCGAUCAGAUCAUAGAAGCUGCUUGUAAAGCUAAUGCUCAUUCAUUUAUUGAAAAGUUUCCACAGGGUUACGACACAAUGGUAGGAGAGAGAGGCAUCAUGCUCUCAGGUGGACAGAGGCAGCGAAUAGCUAUCGCCAGAGCAAUAAUUAAGAAUCCAAAAAUACUUAUUCUGGAUGAGGCAACAAGUGCAUUGGAUGCCGAGAGCGAGCACUUGGUGCAGGAAGCCUUGGUGAGGGUGAUGGAGGGAAGAACGGUGUUGGUCAUCGCCCACCGACUGUCGACUAUCAGGAGGGCCCAACAGAUCGCUGUGCUCGACGGCGGCAAGGCCUGUGAGAUCGGAACGUAUGAAGAACUGAUGAGCAAGGAGGGCGGUCCAUUCAGAAAGUUGGUCGAGAGGCAGAUGGGGUCCGGAGUUUAUGUCAAUGGUGCGAUUAAUGGUGGAAAUGAUAAUUUAAAUGUUGAAAGAUGAUGUUCUUUGAACUGGCUUCAUCUUUUAUGUUUUUUUAAAUAAUUUGUAUAUAUCGUUUUUAUUGUUCUAAUCUAACCAGAAACCUGCCUGAUCAUUCAUUAACAGCAAUCAUGAAACGCAUCAUUGAGUAGUAGAGCUUUUAUGUAUUUGAUAAAAUUAGAACAUAUGCUGGUUCAAUAAGGUAUAAUAACCACAAAAUGUAUGAUAGGUAUAUGUUGUUUAUAAUACUCAGUGUGUGUGUGUAUGUAUAUAUAUAUAUAUAUUAUAUAUAUAUAUAUAUAUAUAUAUAUAUAUAUUAAUAUCAAUAUAUAACAUCGUAUUGACAUGUAUAAUGAUCUGCUCACAUUGCAUGAAUGCAAAAAAUAUGCAACCGAAUAUAUGAAAACCAAAAAAGUAAAUCAUGAUAAAUGGAACAUGAUGCAUAAGCAACAAACAUAAAUAUAAGAUAAUAUUAUUUCAAACCAACUUCAGAACAUCAGAACAAUAACAACGAAAACAAUAACAAGUUUGACGAUAUAAUGAAAAAAAUAUGAAAUAUCAUGAUGAGUUAUUUGCACUUUGUGACUAGACAGUUACAUAUUUUGAUUAUAUUUUAAUAUUUUAAUUUUAUGCCAGUGAAAAUUUGUUCGAUCUUACAUUUUACUACGAAAUUUAUUAUUUAAUACCACCAAACUAUUCUAUCGUCAACAAAGUAUUCACCACCACCACAUUGAAAACAUUAUGCGAAUGUAUUGGAAAAGUAUCAAUAAAUUAUUAAUAAAAUUGCAAACCAGUGUAAUAGAAAUAAUCUUCUUGAAAUAUAGAAAAAUUCUCGUCAGCAAUAGAAAUUUUAAAAAAUGUCUCAGGCGAUUAAUGUAAACAUUAAACCAACGUUCAAUAAAUACGUAUCUUCUAUUUCACUUUGUGUCAAGCUCAAAAUUUUGUAAAAGUUUUUAAAAAUCUUUUUUGAAUAAACAAUCGCUACAAAAUUGUUAUACUUGCCAUAGCCAUGGAAUUUUAGACUGGGAUUGCUCUACUAACCUCAAUGGAAGCAAGCAACAUUUCAUUGCACUUGAUACAGAGAUCUGAUCCUGCCUUAACUCUCAUUCAAUGCUACGUAAUCUCUCCUCCCACACCGAGGUUUUUCUUUUAUAAUUUAACUUUCUUAGGGUCACCAAAUUGAUGACCAACAGAAAAAAAACUCAACUAAAAAUAAAUCGCUAACAAUAUCAUCGUUAUGAGCAUGACGACUGAUAUGAGUAACCAAAUCUCCUCUAUAAGCAUCAAGUUAGAAGGUAGGAAAACGACACGUUGUCAAAAAAAAGAUAUUCAAAUGGGCUCACACACGAGUUUGAACAUUGAAAUACAAUUUGUUCAUAAAAUACAAUACUUCGUGCUGAUGAAUAAAAAUCGUUGUACAAGAAGAAAUUAUUUACGUCCGUGACAGCAGUGAUAAAAGCAAUUGUGAUUUUGUGAGGUUAAAAUACAGCGUUGACAGAACAACAAUAUGAUUUAAAUGAAAUUAUAUGACGAUGGAACGGUGAUAUGAAAGUUUGAUGAUUUCAUUCACGUGAUGAGAUUUUUCGAGUGACGAUAAUACAUUGAUAUUACGAUUGUUUGAUGAUAUAUUUCAUAUGAUACAAUUUUGUGGGUGAUGAUAACACAUUAAUAUCAUGAUUGUUUGAUAAUAUAUUUCAUAUGAUACAAUUUUGUGGGUGAUGAUAACACAUUAAUAUCAUGAUUGUUUGAUGAUAUAUUUCAUGAUACAAUUUUGUGGGUGACGAUAGCACAUUAAUAUCAUGAUUGUUUGAUGAUAUAACUGAAACAAAACGAUAUGACAAUGAUGACAUUUCAGUUCAGCGAUAAAAUAUUUACCAACUCGGAUUCACAGUGAUGGCACGCCUUGCUUACUUAUUAUGAAAUCCCAAACCUGGGAAUCCUUAUUGAACUCGCACGUCUGCACGUUCAGACCUCUCAAUUCGAAGUCGGCGCUGUCGAUGCAGAGUUCGUUAUCCUCGACGUUCAUGAAUUUGUUGUUGCUGUACAACC